AAGUGAUUGCUAAGCUAUCACAAUCAAUAAAAGAUCAUAUCGGGCAGCAUGAGUGUAAAUGCAACCGCUGAGCAAGAGGUUGUAUCGCGCAGCAUGAGUGCAACCGCUGAGCAUGGGCAAGUGAAUUCCUCGCCUAAAAAGGUGGCCAAGCCUUGGUACAAGAAUAAGCGAUGCAUGAUCCCUCUGAUAUUUAUCAUCAUUGCACUUCUAGUCGCUGUAAUCGUCGGAGGAUUGGCGGCCGGUGGCGUGUUUGAUUCAGAAACUAAAUCUCAGGGGCUAUCGGAAGGCGAUUCCAGCAAUGUAGUGCAACUCGAGGAGGAUACAACGACACCCGACCCAGCUAUCGCAGGAGACAGUGGAGAUUCAUCGCAAUCAACCACCAGUGCGAAUAGUGAUGGUUCCACUACAAGUAGUGAUGGCACCGCUGCAAGUGAUGACACCACUACAGGUAGUAGUGUUGCUGCAGAUAGCGAUUCUUCAACAGCCGUGGCCGUAGAUGGAGAUCGAUUCAUUGACGGAUAUCUACCUCCUGCCAAGUACACCGCUGAUGAAAUUGCAGAAAUGAGGCCGGAUUGGCAGAUAUUCGAGGACUUGGUGAUUCCUUGGUCCGAGUGGUCUGCGCUGUGUGGUGAUGGCAUCUGUGGUGAAGGUGAAUGGUGCCGCAAUUGCCCACAAGACUGCGAGUGCACUUUCAACUGUGGUAACGGGGUGUGUGAGGAUGGUGAAAAUGGUUGGACGUGCGCCGACGACUGCACACACAUUACAGCGUCCUGCGGCGACGGUGUCUGCCAAGAAUACGGUACCUUCGCUACGAAUUCAACUAACUACCGCAUCGGAUUUGAGACUCCG